UUAUUAUUAUUAUUAUUAUUAUUAUGUUGUCAUUGUCGUUGUUGUUUUUGUUAUCUUUAGAAUUUAGUUAAAUGCUGGUUAUUAGAAUUAUUAAAUUACUUGAGUGAAGCAUGAUUACAACACGAAUUACUUUAGGAAAUGGAAAACUGUGUCGACAGCAGCACUAUUUGAUAAUGACUCCCAACUUUGCAGUGGUUACAUUGGAUAUAUAAUAUAUCAUUCGACGAAAUUACGCUGUGAACUAAAACCGUCCAGUUUAAACUGUGCGAGAAAUGACACUGUAGGCUACUCAUCAGCCAGACGGCCAGGUUUUUUUAAAGUGAGGUUAACUGAAGCCAAAUGAACAAAGAGCAGUGAUUAUGUUUUGAAAUACCUCGGGCAUUGUAAUUACAGCGUGUCAAGCCAGGGUUAAUGCUCUCUCCCCGAGUUAAGAGAUUUACUUGUCGGGCUGGAACUUAGCAUCUCAGGGUGGGCGUGCCGUGGAAGUCCUCAGCCGUCGGUGCUCAAGUCCGUUGAUCUACCCAAUAUUCUUCUCUGCUGUAGGAUCCGGGCGCUAUACUUGGCAAUAGCAUUCACUGCUCUUCUGCAUCCUUGUUCAUAUAACCAUUGAUGUUAAAAUGAUUGUUAUUACUUUGCUGUUGUGUUUGGGUCCUUUUGCAAUGGGACAACUGGGGCUUGAUCCUGAAGAUGAUACCCUUCAAGACCUGGAUUUAGGCAUUGCUCUACGGAGGGUUCCACGACAGGUGAAAGCUUUGCUGAAUAAGGAGACAAAGCCGCACAUCCAGGACUUUUCGGUGAAGACCACCAUCAUCUCCCGCUACGCCUUCACGGCCGUGUCCUGCACCAUGAUGAACAGGCACUCCGCCGCCACGCAGGGGGUGUUCCAGUUUCAGAUCCCCUCCACCGCCUACGUCUCCAACUUCACCAUGAUCAUUGCGGGGCGGGUCUACCCCAGUGAGGUCAAGCCAAAGGAAAAGAAGGUCAAGGUCAAGGAGGGCAAUGGCAAACGCCAGAAAGAGGAACAAGGUGGACAGAGUGAGAUCGAGACGGAAACGUUCCGAGUUGCCGCCAGCAUUCCCGGGAAGAACCGGGCGGUGUUCCUGCUGACGUACGAGGAGCUGCUUCAGAGGCGGCUGGGGAAGUACGAGCACGUGACCAGCCUCCGUCCCCUGCAGCUGGUCAGCAAGCUGUCGGUCGACGUGACCAUCGUGGACGGUUCCGAGAUCAAGCGCCUGGAGGUGCUGCCCCUGCGGAACGGGAAGGGCGGCCCCGGGACCGUGAACGGGGCCAGAACCCAAGGCAAGCCCACAAUUCCCGUUACUACGGUGAUCAAACAGAACAAAACCUUCUGCAAGAUCACGUUCAGCCCCAACAUCGUCCAGCAGGCCAGGAUCGCGACGAACGGCAUUCUGGGAGACUUUGUUGUCCGAUAUGAUGUGGAGAGAGAGCUUGGAAUCGGCGAUGUACAGGUGUUGAACGGACAUUUUGUGCACUACUUCGCACCGAAGGACCUGCCCGCGGUGCCGAAGAACGUCGUUUUCGUGAUCGACACCAGUGCGUCCAUGGUCGGGACAAAAAUGAGACAGACGAAGGAGGCCCUCUUCACUAUCCUGAAGGACCUGCGGCCCAAUGACCACUUCAACUUUGUCAGCUUCUCCAACCGGAUCAAGGUGUGGCAGGCGGGCCGGCUGGUGGGGGUCACACCGAACAACAUCAGAGACGCAAAGAAGUUUAUCUUCAUGAUCUCGCCCAGUGGAGGGACGGACAUCAACGGAGCCAUCCAGGCCGGCUCCUCCUUGCUAACCAAUUACCUGUCCCGCACAAACGGGCACCACAACAGCGUGUCGCUCAUCAUCUUCCUGACGGACGGCCGCCCGACGGUGGGCGAGGUCCAGUCGCCCAACAUCCUGAGCAACACCAAGUCGGCCACCGGGGAGCAGUUCUGCAUCUUCACCAUCGGCAUCGGCAACGACGUGGACUACCGCCUGCUGGAGCGCAUGUCCCUGGAGAACUGCGGCAUGACGCGGCGCAUCCGCGAGGAGGCCGACGCCAGCGCCAUGCUCAAGGGCUUCUAUGAUGAGAUCGGCACGCCUCUCCUGUCUGACAUCCGGGUGGGCUACACCGAGGACGCCGUGCAGUACGUGACGCAGAACUUCUUCACCAACUACUUCAACGGCUCCGAGAUCGUGAUCGCCGGCAAGCUGGCCAACCAGAGCUCGGAGCUGCUGCACGUGCAGGUGACGGCCAGCAGCAGCGACAAGACCAUCGUCCUGGAGACGGACGUGGCGCUGCAGGAGCGCGAGCGAGAGACGCAGCAGCAGGUGGCGGCGGCGGCGGCGGCGGACGCCGGUGCGGCGGGGGUCGGGGGGGACGACUACGCCGAGCGCGUGUGGGGCUUCCUGAGCGUCAAGGACGGGCUGAGGUCACGGCUGCGCAGCCAGGGCAGCCAGGAGAGGGAGGAGUUCACCCAGCAGGUGACCAACCUGUCGCUGGCCUACAACUUCCUCACGCCCCUCACCAACAUCGUCGUGCAGGCGCCCGACGCCGUCUUGGACGAGACCGCGCCGGACAGCGCCGCCGCCGCCACCCCAGAGCCGUUGGAGGACGAGGCCCAGGGGAAACCGCAGAGCCUCCACAGGAACACCAAGCAACCAGGUAAAGCUGUGAGGAAACCAGUUAAGAAAGCCAUCACCAUCUCCAAAACAUCAGCUGAUGGUGACCCUCACUUUGUGGUGGAGUUCCCCCUCAGCAAGCUGACUGUCUGUUUCAACAUCAACGGAGAGCCAGGACAGGUCCUGAGACUGGUGUCUGACCACAAGCACUCAGGGGUAACAGUGAACGGGAAGCUGAUUGGGGCCCCGGCGCCGGCCAACAGCCGCAAACAGCAGCGCACCUACUUCAGCACCAUCACCGUGGUGGUGGACCGGCCCCGGAGGGCCUACAUCGAGAUCACCCCGCGCAAGGUCAUCCUGGACGGCAGGGACCGGCUGGUGCUGCCCUGCGACGCCACGGUCGCCGUGGAGAGCGACGGACUGGGCGUGGCCAUCGUCGGACGGUCGAACGUCACGGUCACGGUCCAGGGGACCGUCGGCUUCGUCGUCCUGGUCCACCAGUACAAGAACCCGGCGCCGUACCAGCGGGACCACCUGGGGUUCUACAUCUCCAACAGCAAGGGGCUGUCCAAGGACUCCCACGGCCUGCUGGGUCAAUUCUUGUAUCAGGAGGUGGGACUAACAGAGCUGGCUAGCAAUUGCACGGGGGGUGAGGUCCCAAAAAAUAUCUCGGACCCCUCAACCCCAUCUACCGUCCCCACCUCAACCUCCUGUCCCGCUCUGAAGAUCAAGGACCGCACAGUGGGUGUGGUGAAGAAGACCAGGAAAAUCUACAGUGGCACACAGACCGUGAGCUGCUGGUUUGUUAAGAACAACGCGGCCAAGCUGAUCGACGGUCAGUACGAGGACUACGUUGUGUCACACCUCUUCGACACAGGGGACAGACCACAUGGGACCAACGAACAUGUAAACUGACUUCUGUCACUCAGUGACUACAACCAAUCACAGCAUCCCCUCCAACUCUCAGGAACUCCUGGAGGACACACAAGUCUGUGGACUGAAUACGUAUCACACACACACUUAAGUAUAUUUUUUAUACGUUUUUAUAUAAUAAGAAGAACCUGAAGUUUUGUUAUUAAUACCUGAGAUUUUUCAACCAAGGAUGAUUCUUUACCAGAGACCUUUUCAGAGGAAUGCAGAAUUGUGUGUUACUGUGUAAAAUGUUUGACCCAGGUCUUUUCCAUGUUCUUUACAUGCGUAAUGCCAACUGCUCCUUCACACUGUUCCCCCGCAAUGCAUCCGCACGCACACUCACAGAACACCUGGCUUUAAUCAAUCCAUCCUCUACCCACAAUGCCUUGCUCUGAUCAGUCUUCCCAUCAGGCCAGGCCAACCCCAUCCACAGAGGAAUACUGCAGCUGUGCUCAGCUGUAACCCAGUAAAUGUUGAAAAAAAACAAAACAAAAAAAAAAAGUAAGUUUCCAAAAUUGUUCCUCUUAAAAUAAAUCUCUCAUUCUUUUCAAUAACUUUGUGAAAAUUGUAAGAAAACCAGGGGGAAAAAAAACUCAUUUUAAAAAAACAAAUAAAAUCUUCUGCAUUCUGAUUUUACUAUAAUUUGCAAUUAAUGUGUUUGUGACUGUGUAUCUGCAAUACAUAUGUUUAUAGCAUAAAUCACAGUGCAAAGAAGAGUUCAAAUAAAUGUACACAUGUAUGGAA